UUCCUACUCGUUCUGCUUCUCUGCUGUCUCUCCGCCCCCAUCGACCUACACAGCGUAACCUUAGCAGGAUGCGACAACAGCCUUAGCAGGUCAACCCGCAACACACGCUUUAGAUUUUACGACCGGCUCGUGUAUCUAUGCUGCAGCGUGGUUUAACCUCGCGGUCUCGCGUCAGCAACAGUCGCUAGCGCAACGCCUGCCGUUCCGUUCUUCGACCCCUCCCUUCUCACCAGGUAGUGGCCGCUGCCUACGUCGACUCACCACCACCGGAGCCAUCUGCCAUCCCCUCUCCCCCUUCUCCUCCCCCAAUGGACGCCUUAUCCCGUCCGCCCGCCGCUCCCCUCCCCGCGCGCCGCUGGGUGGUGCCGCACAAGAAAUGGGCUCUUCCCUCCGCCUCCCCGCUGCCCGCUUCCGCCUCCUACGGCUCCUCUCUCGCCGACUCCUCCUUGCUUUCUUCGCACGUCCCUUCGCACCCGUCGCACGUCUCCUCGCACCCAUCCCACGGCGGCAGCUGGGCCAACGGGAGUGUCGUAGAGGGGAGCUGUGGCGCCGAUCCGUCGCAACGAGGGCGGGAGCGAGCGGCGCAGGGAUGGGCGAACGCGCGGAGCAGCGGUGGGUGGCAAGGCGGGGACGCGGCGGUGCCGGGGGGAGCGCCGGCGGAUGCUGGUUGGCGGAAGCGGAAAAGCCAUCUCUCCGCGGCUGCGGACGACUCCGCCUGUCUGACGUCAUCACACGGUGCCGACGUCCCGCCCUCCGCCCUUCCGCAUCCCUCCCAUGCGCCUUCGCAUGCGGACUCCCCCUUCGCGCAUCCCGCCGCCUCCCCCCGCCCGCCCGCCACCCGCUGGGACGUUCCUCUCUUCUCCGCCAAGCGCGCGUGCCUCGCGGCGGACCAGCGCAGGCCCGCGGAAGCACCGUGGGCGGAGAGACCCGCCGAAGGAGCCGCAUGGGCGGAGAGACCGGCCGCGUGGGUAGAGGGGGCGCAAGGCCGGGAAGCCGCUGCGGCGGCAGCGGCGGUUGGGGGGAAUGGGGAGGGGGAGGGGAGAGGCGGGGCGUGGCGGGCGCUGAGCGCAUCCUCCGUGGAUUUUGCGCCACAGCCCUUCCAGCCAACCACGGAUUCCGCCGGCCGCGGAGCGCUGCUUGCAUUCGCCGUGGGCGCGGCGCCGAGCCCGCAUGGGGACGGGCGCGGGAGUCUCCAUCAUCCCGCGUCCUCCGCGCGCAGCAUCGGCGCGUCCCUGGAGAGUGGCGCGCGCACGCGGCGAGGAGUCUGCGCGCGGGGCAGGAAGAGGCGGGGAGCGGAGGGAGAUCUGGCGCAGCAGGGCUCGAUGGCGGGGCGAGCGGGAGACGGGGGCGCGGGAAUAGAGGCGGGCGGAAGGGCUGGCUGGGAUGUGGCGCAGGGGGAAGGGGAGCAGAGCUCGUGCGCGAAUGGGGGAACAAGGGGCGACGACGACGAGGAGGGGGGUAGAGGGGAGGAAGAAGCGGAGAGGAGAGAGGGAGGCGGCGCGGAGAGUGUUGCGCGGCCGAGGAGGCGGAGGCGGAAGGGAGGGCUGCUGGGGGUGGCGGAGGAAGGGGAGGAGGGCGAGGGAGCGACGGACUACCAGGCGUCAGCAAGUCCGCUAGCCUCCCUGGCUGAACCGUCAGCGCCUGGUGCGUCGGCGGCAGUGGGCGAUGCGGCGAGACUAGACCCCUCCUCGCAUGUUCCCGACGGCCGUGCGGGAAGCGCGUACCUGGAAGCCACUCGCAGCACGGGUGGGACUGUCGCGAGUGCCAGUGCGAAUGGCUCGUCCGCUGACUGCUACUCGACCAGGGGCAGUAGCGCAGGGGAGCGGGACAGCACGGCAAGGGAGCAUCAGCAGCAGCAGGGGCGGAGGCAGAAGGGGCGGCCGUUGCAUGAGCUGGCGAAUGGGGCGGGCGGCGAAGGGACGAGAGAAGCGGAGCGAGAGGCGGGCAGCAGCGUGGACGACUGGGGGGGCAAGCGGCAGAGGCAGAGGCAGAGGGCGGUGGAGGAGGAGAGAGGCGCGCAGGCGCAGGCGGAGGAGCGGGCGGAGGCGGAGAUGAAGCGGCGGUUCAGCGUGGUGGUGCAGUCGCAGGUGGGGGGCGAGGGGGACGAGGAGGUGCCGCAGCACGAGGGCGAGGCGGACAGGUGCAUGUCCGAGCACGUAGGGGCGGCCAAGUUUGUCCUGUCCUCUGGCCGCACGCUAUCAGCAGAGUGUCUACCAGCUGCCAAGAAGAAGCCGACUAUCGACGACGAGUUUGAGCAGUACUUUGCGCAGCUGCUCUUGUAGCAGCUGUUGGAAAUAUCUCAAGGACUUAAGCGUUUCUGAAGUGUAACACUGUACUCGAGGAAGAUUACAGGGGAGCACGCGAGUCAACGGAGGUUACACGAGGGGGCGGACAAAGAAAGCGAAAGGACUCGAAAGGUCGCAACUGGAGGUUGCGACUGACCGUUACAACAUCACAGAUGGUAACCGAAGCGGCAAUCGAGUCGCUGUGCGACUCGAUAAACCGCUCCUGUAACU